AUGGAGGCAGAAAAGGCGACUGCCGAUGCCAAACCGGCUGGGCAGAAUGCGCCGGAGAAAGCAGACCAGCAGACAGCGCCAGUCCCUGACCUGGAAGACGCCCCGGAUCCCGAUGAGGAUGACCUCGACGAUCUUGAUGACAUGCUGGAUGAAUUUUCUAACGUGACGCUCGGCGCAAACCAAGCAACCCCAGCGCCCACGGCUUCUGGGAAAACUCCUGCGAGCGCACCGACGUCUGCUCCAGCAGGUGCGUCAUCGGACACAGGCAACCCAUUAGAUGCGCUGGAUGAGUUGUCCGAGGAGGAAUUCCAGAAGCAUCUCCAGGCUGGGAUGGCGGAGCUAAUGAGCGGGUUCGAUGAUUCGCCAGAAAUGCAGGCCCAGUUUGAGAACAUAUUCAAGGGACUCGGAGGAAGCCGUCCUGGAAGCUCCGGAAGUGGAUCAGGGCCAGUUCCACAAUCAUCUGACAAAGCAGCCUCAGAUAUAAGUCAGGAUGCCUCGUUCCAGGAGACAAUUCGGCGGACGAUGGCCCGAAUGCAGGAAUCCGGCGAUCAGGCGACAGCAGCCGCCACUGCUGAAGGCUCUGAAGACGACUUUAUUGCUGAGAUGAUUAAGGCAAUGAAAGAUCUUCCCAGCGAAGGAGGCAACGAGGAAGAUUUUUCCAAGGUGCUAAUGGGGAUGAUGGAACAACUUACUAACAAGGAGAUUCUAUAUGAACCUAUGAAGGAACUGAAUGAUAAGUUCCCCGCAUGGAUGGAGAAGAAUAAGGACACAUUACCAAAGGACGAUUUAAAACGAUACCAGGAACAACAAGUUCUUGUUGCGGAAAUGGUAGCUAGGUUUGAGCUACCCACGUAUGCGGAUUCGAACGCGGCAGAUAGAGAAUACAUCGUGGAUAGGAUGCAAAAGAUGCAAGCAGCAGGCUCCCCUCCUCAUGACCUAGUUGGAGAUAUGCCAUCAGCCAAAGAAGUAUUGGACGCGCCCGAUGAGUCGUGUGCGCCUCAGUAA